AUGGGCUUCGGCGACUUCACGACGAUAUGCAAGCAGGUGUCGAUACCGUUGUGCGCCCUGGUCGGUCACCAGGACAUCAGCGGUAGCCGUGGUAUCCAGGCCGACUGCUACUCGCGCUCCCUGAUGCUGGCCAACACGCUCAUCUUCCAAGCCGCCAACGACUUCAUGCACAUUCUCGCCCUCGUCAUGACGGUCGUCAUGAUCAUACACGUGCGAUCUAAGUUCACUGCUGUUGGCCGCAAGGAGAUCACGUCUUUCUUCUACAUCUACAUGGCCCUGACCGUCAUAUCGCUCGUCCUCGAUGCCGGCGUCACCCCGCCCGGCUCCGCUUCGUAUCCAUACUUCGCAGCCGCGCAAAACGGCCUCGUCUCCGCCCUCUGCACCUGUCUGUUGAUCAACGGCUUCGUCGGCUUCCAGCUUUACGAAGAUGGCACAACUCUCUCCGUCUGGCUGCUGCGCCUCUGCUCGCUCGCAAUGUUCGUUGUGUCCGGCGCCGUGUCUCUACUCACCUUCAAGGACUGGGCUGGUCUGAGUCACGAGAACCCCGUCGGCGUUUUCGUCAUCACGUACAUUAUUAACGCCAUUAUGCUGUUCGUCUACCUGUCUAGCCAGAUCCUCCUUGUCGUUGGAACACUCGAGGACCGCUGGCCUUUGGGCGACAUCACCUUUGGGGUCUUCUUCUUCGUCCUUGGACAGGUUAUCCUGUACGUCUUCAGCAAGACCAUAUGUGAAGGCGCUCAGCAUUAUUUGGACGGCCUCUUCGUUGCCACCAUCUGCAACCUGCUCGCCGUCAUGAUGGUCUACAAGUACUGGGACUCAAUCACACGAGAAGAUCUCGAAUUCUCCGUCGGCGUCAAGGCACACAACUGGGAGGUCAAGGACCUUCUGCCAGAAGAGGACAAGCGAGGCACCAUCUACAACGAGUCUGAAUACGCUCCGUCCGUCUAUCAGCAGCCGUACACUCGCGCAUCGCACUAUUCGGCCGUUGGUCACUAG